AAGAAUAAGGAGUUAGAAAUUAUCAUAUUACCUGUUUCCUUCAGCGUUUAUAACCGGGUUUCAGUAAAAAGCUACACGCACAGUUUACCUGGACAGUGGGACGGUGAAAGCAUGAGGGUCGCAGUAGCAAUAUUAGCAGUUUUUGCAUCGGUAGCUGUCACCAUUGACGCUACUGUAUACUUCAAGGAACAAUUUCAGGAUGGAGGUAAAUGUGCCUUUUGUUUUUCUGAUCAUUCCUAAAACGUUUUUAUGUGAUAGAUUAUGGUUUGGGAAUCAAGGGCCCAUACCGUACCUCGAUUCUUGGACCAUUUGGUAUUUUAAUCAACCAUUUAUGUUCUUUAUGUGUGGAAUAGUCACUAUCUAGACCAGGGCUGCCCAACCCUCUUCCUGGAGAUCUACCGUCCUGUGGGUUUUCAGUCGAACCCUAAUUUAACACACCUGAUUCUAUGUAUUAACUGCUCAACAAGACCUUAACUAGCUGAAUCAGCUAUGCUAAAUUAGGGUUGGACUGAAAACCUACAGGACAGUAGAUCUCCGGGAAGGUGGUUGGGCAGCCCUGAUCUAGACUAUAGACUCCAUUAUGUAAUUUCUAUUGUUAAAACAAAACUUUUCUGUUCCACCCUGUUCGACAGGUACAUUUUAAAGAUGUGCAUCAUUAAAGUGAAUGGAUAUCAUAAAAUAUCAAUAUGGUCAGCCUUUUUACACUGAUCACAAUUUUUUUUUUUGUAGAAGACACACACUUUUUCAUUUAGAAAAAUACAUUUUGUAAUGGUAUCAAAGGGAAAGGGAAAUCAAUUAUUGUAAUUUUUUCGCAAAGUAUUAUAUGAUUCAGCAGUGCGCUAUCUGAUCAUAAGAAGUUCUUUCACUUUUGGUUUGUUUGACAGCCUGCAGUAUUUAUUCAAUCAUGUGAUCUCUCCUAGAUCCUGACUAAUCAGAUGAUAAAUGUUGUUUUCAGAUGCAUGGAAGAGCCGGUGGCUUGUAUCAAAGCACAAGUCAGACUAUGGCGAGUGGAAACUGACUGCUGGGAAGUUUUAUGGCGACGCUGAGGCCGAUAAAGGUGAGCUGAAUGGGAAUAUAUUGUAGUUUGAUCACGGCAAGAUGUUUCAAUAUGGAGGUUUUGCCAGAUCCUUCACUAAGUCUGAGUUUGCAUAUGCCAAAUGGUUGCAAAUGGCCCCUUAGAUUGUGGAUUGUUCUAAAUGCAAAUGUAAAGUAUUCUCUAGUCUCCAACCCUAAUCAAAAUGUAAUCCACAUGACAUGCAGUACAGUAUCACUAUGCAUCUCUCACCUCCUAUACCUGGGUUCAAUUAAACCUACUGAUGCUAAUGUAUCUUCUUACCGGUCUCACAGGUCUCCAGACCAGCCAGGAUGCUCAUUUCUAUGCUCUCUCCAGCCGCUUUGAACCCUUCAGCAACAAGGGCAAUUCCCUGGUGGUCCAGUUCACUGUCAAACACGAGCAGAAGAUUGACUGUGGGGGCGGAUAUGUCAAAAUCUUCCCAGCAGACCUAGACCAGGCAGCUAUGCACGGGGACUCACAGUAUUACAUCAUGUUUGGUGAGUGGGUGCAGAGCACCACUAGUUUUUCUGACUGAGGAGUGACUUUUAGUCAGAGAUGAAUCCUUCUCUGUUAUUUUAGUGACCCUCUGUCAUUUACAUUUAAGUCAUUUAGCAGAGACAUUCAUUCAGUAAGACAUUUUUAGAAAUGCCUGGAUUUUACAGGUAGAUUCUGUAUUUUAUUGACCUGGCAAUCAAUAGAUUAAGUUCUCUACCCAUCCAUCCCACAGGGCCUGACAUCUGUGGCUACAGCACCAAGAAGGUUCAUGUCAUCUUCAACUACAAAGGCAAGAACCACCUCAUCAAGAAAGAAAUCAAAUGCAAGGUACACCAUUUUUAAAUCCCUCAGCAUUGCAUUCCUUUACUGCAUAUUACCUGUCAGGCCUUGUCCUUACCUCUAACCUCUGCUGUUCUCCCCUUUGUCUUUUCAGGAUGAUGAGCUGACACACCUGUACACUCUGAUCCUGAACCCGGACCAGACAUACGAGGUGAAGAUCAACAAUGAGAAGGUGGAGUCAGGCACUCUGGAGGAGGACUGGGACAUUUUACCCCCAAAGACCAUCAAGGACCCCGAGGCCAAGAAGCCAGAGGACUGGGACGACAGGCCCAAAAUCGACGAUCCUACCGACACCAAGCCAGAGGUGAGCCUCUUUGAAUUAAGAGAUUUGAUCGAACGUAAACCAGCAUGGAUAUUGGCCAAAUCAGAAUCAGGUUUGAGAAAUGUUAUGCAAGGUCCACAGUAACAUAUACAGUGAGGGGAAAAAGUAUUUGAUCCCCUGCUGAUUUUGUACGUUUGCCCACUGACGACAGACAUGAUCAGUCUAUAAUUUUAAUGGUAGGUUUAUUUAAACAGUGAGAGACAGAAUAACAACAAAAAAAAACAUGUCAAAAAUGUUAUAAAUUGAUUUGCAUUUUAAUGAGGGAAAUAAGUAUUUGACCCCUCUGCAAAACAUGACUUAGUACUUGGUGGCAAAACCCUUGUUGGCAAUCAGAGGUCAGACGUUUCUUGUAGUUGGCCACCAGGUUUGCACACAUCUCAGGAGGGAUUUUGUCCCACUCCUCUUUGCAGAUCUUCUCCAAGUCAUUAAGGUUUCGAGGCUGACGUUUGGCAACUCGAACCUUCAGCUCCCUCCACAGAUUUUCUAUGAGAUUAAGGUCUGGAGACUGGCUAGGCCACUCCAGGACCUUAAUGUGCUUCUUCUUGAGCCACUCCUUUGUUGUAUUGGCCGUGUGUUUUGGGUCAUUGUCAUGCUGGAAUACCCAUCCACGACCCAUUUCAAUGCCCUGGCUGAGGGAAGGAGGUUCUCACCCAACAUUUGACGGUACAUGGCCCCGUCCAUCGUUCCUUUGAUGCAGUGAAGUUGUCCUGUCCCCUUAGCAGAAAAACACCCCCAAAGCAUGUUUCCACCUCCAUGUUUGACGGUGGGGAUGGUGUUCUUGGGGUCAUAGGCAGCAUUCCUCCUCCUCCAAACACGGCGAGUUGAGUUGAUGCCAAAGAGCUCGAUUUUGGUCUCAUCUGACCACAACACUUCUCCCAGUUCUCCUUUGAAUCAUUCAGAUGUUCAUUGGCAAACUUCAGAUGGGCCUGUAUAUGUGCUUUCUUGAGCAGGGGGACCUUGCGGGCACUGCAGGAUUUCAGUCCUUCACGGCGUAGUGUGUUACCAAUUGUUUUCUUGGUGACUAUGGUCCCAGCUGCCUUGAGAUCAUUGACAAGAUCCUCCCGUGUAGUGCUGGGCUGAUUCCUCACCGUUCUCAUGAUCAUUGCAACUCCACGAGGUGAGAUCUUGCUUGCAUGGAGCCCCAGGCCAAGGGAGAUUGACAGGUGUUUUGUGUUUCUUUGAUUUGCGAAUAAUCGCACCAACUGUUGUCACCUUCUCACCAAGCUGCUUGGCGAUGGUCUUGUAGCACAUUCCAGCCUUGUGUAGGUCUACAAUCUUGUCCCUGACAUCCUUGGAGAGCUCUUUGGUCUUGGCCAUGGUGGAGAGUAUGGAAUCUGAUUGAUUGCUUCUGUGGACAGGUGUCUUUUAUACAGGUAACAAACUGAGAUUAGGAGCACUCCCUUUAAGAGUGUGCUCCUAAUCUCAGCUCGUUACCUGUAUAAAAGACACCUGGGAGCCAGAAAUCUUUCUGAUUUGAGAGGGGGUCAAAUAUUUAUUUCCCUCAUUAAAAUGCAAAUCAAUGUAUAACAUUUUUGACAUGUGUUUUUCUGGAUUUAUUUGUUGUUAUUCUGUCUCUCACUGUUCAAAUAAACCUACCAUUAAAAUUAUAGACUGAUCAUUUCUUUGUCAGUGGGCAAACGUACAAAAUCAGCAGGGGAUCAAAUACCUUUUUCCCUCACUGUAAGAAGAGGUACUGUUACUGGGAAUGACAGUGAUGAAGAGGCGGAUACUUGUUUUUCAUUGGUGUCCAUGCAGUACUGUUUCCCUAUUCGGCCCAGUGCAUCUAGUCAGAAAACACAGUUCCAUCAAUCCACUUUGUAAAAUGGACAGAUGAUCCCAAAGUUGCCCCAAGGCUAGUUACUCUUACAUAAUGGCCACAAAAUGGAAUCGGCACAGUCGAUAGGUAUCAAAUUUCAUUCUGCAUUUAACAGUAAAUGGACUAUUAAGGCCAAUGAGCAUUCGCUUUAUUUGGUCCUGGUUUAGUUUCAGGAUCGAUCUCUUUCUCUCUUUUGUCCAAAGCACUUUGUUUAGUUCUGUCGCUGACCAAGUUGUAACUAAUCUUGAACUUUCUCACUAGGACUGGGAGAAGCCUGAGAACAUCCCUGACCCUGAUGCUAAGAUCCCUGAUGACUGGGAUGUGGACAUGGAUGGCGAGUGGGAGCCUCCUAUGAUCCCCAACCCAGAGUAUCAGGUACAGACUGAGUUUGAACCAGUUGCUGAUAACACUUUGAAACUUUAAUGAAUAAGUUAUAAAUGCUUAUAAAUUAUAUAAAUUCUUAUAAAGCUUUUUAUGUUAAUACCUUUUAGAAUACUCAUGUAUGCAUAGCAUAUACAAUACUUAUAAAUAGUUAAUUAAUGAUUUUUAAUAAAAGUUAUCAUAGUGUUAUCCUUCCAUUAUUUAGAUCUGCAUUAUACAGCUAGUGCACCACAGGUCGUCUUAUAUCUGGCCUUGUCUUUCCAGGGAGAGUGGAAGGCAAAGCAGAUUGACAACCCUGACUACAAAGGUGCCUGGGUGCACCCUGAGAUCGAUAACCCUGAGUACACAGCCGAUGCCUCCAUCUACAAGUUUGACAACAUUGGAGUGCUGGGUCUGGACCUGUGGCAGGUAUGUUAGACCCCAGACAAUUAAUGUGAAUUUUGUUGGUGAAGGGUAAUUAUGGGCUUGAUGAUUGUUGUUUCUGUCUCUUUUAUAGGUGAAGUCUGGCACCAUCUUUGACAACUUCCUGAUCGGUGAUGAUAUAAAAGAGGCUGAGGAGUUUGGAAACGAGACAUGGGGAGCUACAAAGGUAGGAUUUUGUUAUUUUCAUAAGUUUAUAUUUUGCAUAAGUUAGUAUGAGUUCAGUUUGAUAUUCAUUUUCAAAAAUACUCCAGUCCCACAGCACUCUCUCUCAAUGACCCAUUUUCCUUCUUUGCAAAACAGGAACCAGAAAAGAAAAUGAAGGAUGCACAGGAGGAGGAUGAGAGGAAAGCGAGAGAAGAGGAGGAGAAGAGCAAGAAGGACACUGCUGAUGAUGAGGGGGAUGAAGAUGAAGAGGAGGAUGAGCCAGAGGAGGAGGAGGAGGAGGAAGAAGACAGCCCAACGGAAGAGGAGGAAGUGAAAGAUCCCAAGGACAAGGAUGAGUUGUAAAUGAAACCCGGAUAGGGCAGGACAGACACGUCCUCUAUCUCCUCGCCAAUGGAGUGACUG